CUUUUCAUUCUUCUUCUCCUUCACUAACUUUCCCCUCCUCCUCCUGUCCCCUCUUGACCAUCCAUCCCCUUUCUUUCUUCAUCCCGACCAACACUGCCUCCCAAUGUCACCACCACCUCCCAAUCAAACAACAGCAACAGGAACAUCAACAACAGCAACAGGUUCAUCCUCAUCCCGACAACACGAAAUCCCAGGAAUACUUCCAGGAGGAUUUACGAUCGGAGAGGAGAUAGGACGAGGCUCGUUUGCAGUAGUCUAUCGAGGACUGAACCCAAGAACCAAUCAGACUGUCGCCAUCAAGGCAGUCAUCAAAUCAAAACUGACCAACAAACUAUUCCAGAACUUACAGGAUGAGAUCAAGAUACUCAAGAAGAUCAGACAUGGAAACGUCGUCGGCCUCGUCGACUGUCUCAGCAAUAACGAUUACAUCUUCCUUAUCAUGCAGUACUGCUCCCAAGGAGAUCUAUCUGUUUACAUCAAAACGCAAGCAAAACUAAUCAAACAGCAACAACAACCACAACCACAUCAACCAUUCCCUCAUCCUCAAGAUGGUGGACUCAAUGAAUGGAUCAUCAGAAGCUUCCUCGGUCAACUGGCCGAUGCACUACGCUUCUUACGCUCUCACUCCAUCAUUCAUCGGGAUAUCAAACCUCAGAACCUUCUCCUACAUCCCUCAUCACAAUCAUCCCAGCCGUCAACCUCAGAUCCUAAACAACCAGACUCCUUUAUUUCAACAACCUCCCCUCGUUAUAUACCUGAAGGCAUACCUAUCCUCCGAGUGGCCGACUUUGGAUUUGCUAGAGUCUUAGCACCUAAUGCCGGUCUCGCCGAAACUCUCUGUGGAUCCCCGCUAUAUAUGGCUCCUGAAAUCCUUCGGUAUGAGAAAUAUGACGCCAAGGCAGACCUCUGGUCCGUCGGUGCAGUCCUCUUCGAGAUGGCCGUUGGAAAACCACCCUUCAGAGCUCAGAAUCACGUAGAACUAUUACGGAAGAUCGAGAAGAGUGAAGACAAGAUUGCGUUCCCAGAGGAGAAGGUGGUAGCACAAGAUCUCAAACGAUUGAUCCUCAGUCUCUUGAAACGGAAUCCAGCCGAACGUGUUAGCUUUGAAGAGUUCUUCUUGAUGGCCGACGAAGUCUCUCGAGUCGGACCUCUCAUCCCUCCCACUCAACCUCCUCUUCAACAGCAACAGCAACAACCAUCCAGUCUUCCUCGCACAACAUCUAUCCCACUACGGCCUCAAUUGACUACCCUUCACAGCACAUCCGUCCAAGCCCACGAGAACCUCUCUCCGCGUCCACCAUCAACCUCAACCUUACCCAACCCCACGGCUCUCAAGGGAAAAUCACAUCAGCCAGUGUCCGCCAACCCAUUUGAUGGCGAGCCAGGCGCAUUUAUUGUCGACAAGAACUCCUCAGCAUACAAGCCCAAACAGCCUCUUCCUCCACCCUUCUCUCAACCGAACCAAUCAGGCUCAACUGACCGGGCACCUCAGAACCGACAAGUCUCACUACCUCCUGCAUUUUCCAAUUCUCAUGCCGGUCAUCCUGGUUUUCAGGCUCCUUCACCCAGCCUCCUUCCGACCCCUCAACCCAGUGGACAACGUCAGUCGAGUUGGAUGCCCAGUUUUCCGGCGAAAUAUAUCGUCCCUGGUUCGAGUACCUCUAAUCCGACUAACCUAGUCUCGACAGCAGUCAAAUCUAAAGAUUAUGCCUUGAUGAGAUCUCCCAGUCUGAACAGUCCUUCAAAACAAAACACCACUUCAGCUGUACCUUUCAAAACUGAGGAGGAUGAGGAUCGUGACUUGGGUACAGAAUACGUCGUCGUCGAGAAGGGGUCGGUGGAGAUUAAUGCCAUGGUGGAUGGUUUAUCUUCAUCACCACAGAAGCCGAUGAGCUUGGGUCGACGAAUGUCACGUGGUUUCAUGGCGGCAAAGCCAACACUAACGGGCUUGAGUUCUUCGCCACAUCGGACGACUUCGAGUGGCUCUCCUCCGCAUUCGUCGUUAGCAACGCAUUCACACAGCUCGCCGGUCUCGUCCUUCCCUCCAAGGCCGCACACGUUGACGGCCUCGCCGAUCCCGACGGGCUCGCAUCCGAUGAAUAUCGCCAACUUCGGUCGUUCCUCGCCCUCCAGUCAAGGUCACUACGGCCCCCACCCUUCGUCCCCUCGAAGCUUCGAUAGCGGCGGGGGCGGGAUUGGCAGUCUCCCAUUGGUCGGCAAGUAUUUCCCUCAGGCUGUUCUUGGCACUUCCAGUCCUUCCGGGCCGGCCGCGCCUAGCCACACAUCCGCCGGUCCGUCUGGCUCUCAAGCCCAACGUCCGCCGUUCACCUUUCCUUCGAGUGCCCUCUCUCGAGCGAUUCUCUCCGCCGGUCCAUUGCAGAUCAAUCAUCAGACGAUCCCAACCCGAAGCAUCGGUGGGCCCUCAACCUCACAGCCUCCUCCACGUUCAUCAGCAUCCAGGAACGGACAUCUUGACCCAGUCGAAUCGCAGCUCUUGGCCGAACUCGAAGAGUUUGCUUGCAAGGCUCUCGUCAUCAUCCACUUCGCCGAUCAGAAGCUCGCGGCUAUCUUGCCUCCUCCGCCUUCUGCCUCAGGCCCUUCUGCAAGCUCGACUUCGAAUCCCGCGCCAUUCUCAGGACCGGUUGGAGCAUUCAUCACCUCAUCACCAUCUUCAUAUCCUUCUUUCGAUCCUUCUACUUCUUCUUCAUCCACUUCUUCUUCCUCUUCCUGCUACGAUCUCCGUCAUUCCUCCACUCUCGAUACUCCCUCCUCCGUCCUCUCUAAACCUCCCUCUGGUCAACUCGCUCCCGCGGCAUCUGCUCUCGCCGCUGGGCAAGCUUUGCUCCUUUAUAUUAAGGCGCUCGCGUUCCUCAAUAAAUCGAUUCGCCACGCUGUCGCGGUCGUCGAUUGGAAAAAACUCGCUGUCGUCGGUGGUGGUGGGAAUGCUCUUAGUUAUGAAACUAGUUGUGCUAUCGAAUGGUUGAGACAUAAGUUCAAUGAGGUGUUUGAUAAGAUUCAGUUCGUCAAAACUAAAGCUAACGGCAAAAGUUUGUUGUCGACUGGUGGGAGAGUCUUAUCUGCUGAUAAAUUGAUUUAUGAUCGAGCAUUAGAAAAAUCCAGGAGUGCGGCAGUGAAUGAGUUAGGUGGGGACUCAAGAUUGAAGGAAUGUGAACUAGAAUACGAAAGUUCGCUGUGGAUGUUGUAUGGCCUAAUGGACGAGCGGAUCAUCCAGACAGACUCGAUAUUCGAGCUGGACCGACCCGUCCUGCACCCCCACUCCCACACUACCCAUCCUCACAGUCAUCCUCAUCCUCAUACGUUGAGACCCAGGAAAGCAGAGGUCCCGGUAUGUGGCGCCGAAGACGAUCUUGUCGACGAUGUUGCGGAUGAACAGGAUCGUGAUAACGAGGAGGAGGAGGAGGACGAUCCGAUCGCUAGUCAACACAAAUUCAUCAAACGCAGUUGUCCGAACAUCAUCCGCUCCAUCCUCGUCCGCUUGGAUUCUUUACGCACUAAACUCAACCAUCCUUCUCCCUCUUCCAUCUCUCACCAUCAUCCUCAUCAUCAUCAUUCGCUGCAUAUCCCUUCUUCUUCGUCGUCUCUUACUACUAACACUAACACUCAUACUCAUGGUACUCCUAAUGUUACUGGUAGUGGGAGUGGCGGUGGGAGUGGACCACUUCUUUCUUCGUCCGGAGUCGAUGCAAAUGGGUCUGCUGUCUUUAAAUAAAUCACUCUCACUUAACACACUUACACACACAAAAAAAAAAAAUGUUCAUCGAAAAUCGGGUGUCGUUGUUGGGUUUGGUCUAGUUUCAUUGGAAUUCAAUUCAAGUCGGUCUACCCAUUUCUUCAAUUACUUCUCUCUCUCUCUCUGUUCUAUCCCUGUAUUAUCAUUUUUACUUUAUUUUUCAAAAAACAGAACAAAGGUUGGAUGCUCUUAUUCUUAAACGCAUGCCAUUUUUUUUCUCAUUUCUUUCUGUAUCUCUUUAUCACCUCUUGACAAUUCCUAUUCUUAUUCUGUCACCACCCUUAUCUUUUACAAGCUUUUUUUAAUCGUUUCUUCCUGUCCAUAACUUGUUCUCUUUCUUGUCUCCUUCCCUCUUUCUUUGUCCCCUUCUCUUUUUCUCAAUCAUCAUCAUCAUCAUCAUUCCCUGACCUAUCCAUGAAUUUUUCUUUCUUUUUUUCUUCUUCCUUAUUGCUGUUGUACUACUGAGUUUGUUGUUGUUGUUGUUGAGUAGGCUUGAAAGUAAUAAUCUAUCAUCAAUCAUUGUAUGUGUAUGUAUAAGUCUUACCCCCUUUUUUUGGUUGUUGUUGUUACACAUCUACACUUUGUAUGUUGUAUGUACAGAUGACAUAAACAUCGUUGUUAACAGCAACAAAAAACUUGACAACAAUGAAAAAAA